UUCAAAAAAAUUGUGAACACCCCCCCCGACCCCGAGCUUUUCUUCGUUGACGUUAGCUCACGCGCCCCAUCCUCGUAUUGUGCGUCUUAGCUAGCGUUAACUUCAAUAUCAACUCGCCCCGUCAGAAUGCUGCAUUUGCAUUUGCUUCAGUCGCCGAGCCGUCCCGGGUGGAUUCCAGCCGCGACCGGUCCACGUAAGAGCCAAAGCCGUCAGACAAGGAGGAAAUUCAGUCAAAUCAGGUUCAACGCCGCAUGUUGCCUUGCACCGAGCCCACGCUGGGGGCCGAGCCGGCGCUAAUUAUUUGAAGGAGGGAACCUGUUGAGGCUCCCCUCUUCAGCUCUGCCAUUAAGCGCACUUCAUUUGAUGCCGCAAGUUGCUGCUCAGGACGCAAGUACACUUCUCGGCCAAAAGGAGGGUCUCGCGGCAAAGAAGCAGCAGGAUGUCCAACAACAUGGCCAAGAUUGCGGACGCCCGGAAGACGGUUGAGCAGUUAAAACUUGAGGUCAACAUAGAGAGGAUGAUGGUAUCAAAAGCAGCAGCAGAUCUGAUGGCCUAUUGUGAGACCCAUGCCAAAGAUGACCCCCUGGUGACCCCCGUACCUUCCUCGGAGAACCCCUUCCGAGAGAAGAAAAUAUUCUGCGAGAUACUGUAAACCCUGGUGUGGGCAUUUAUGGAGCUUCUUUUCACACGAUUGUCUUUUAAUAGGAAUGUUAUGUUUUGUUGCUGUGUUAGCACACUGAGGAAUUUCUAUAUUUGAAGAUGAUAAAGGUGGCAAUAAAGACAA